CCUGAAACUAAAAUUAUCUGCGACUAAAUAUCAGCUAAAAGUAGCAGAACAAUAGCUAAAAGGUCAAAUUAGCAAAAUGACAUCAAAAAAUAGACAGAAAAUUAGAUUUCAACAUUUUAAAGAGACUGAAAAUUUUAUUUUGAAAAAAAAWUUUUUUAUAAAGAAGUUAUAAAAAUCAAAAGCCACAUUGAGCUGAGUAAAAACACGUAGAUUAAAAAUAAACAUUAACAGAAAACAACACAUAAAACACUUUUAGGCUCCACUUGGUUGGAUUUGAAGCUGGAAAUCCCGGAUCACGUGAUUUAAAGGUUAAAAGUUGUGGUGCGUUCACUGAACCUCGUAAAUUUCUCUGACAAACCAAACGAAACGUUUUUGAUUUGAUUUUAACGUGUUUAUGACUCCUCGACUGCUCAUCACCUUGUAAAACUCAGAUCUGUUACUGUUGAGCUUUCAUACGUUUAUUUUAAAUAUUUUAAUGUUGUCAAAUAAGCCAAGAAUGAGAUAAAAACGCAACAACCUUUCUAAAUGUGGCGACAAACCGCUAAUCUUAAAGUGUUAAUUUUGAAAAAUAAAUUCAUUAAAUACGAUCAAAUGAAUUAUUCUUCAUACGUGUCCGAGUCCAGCAGUUGGGAUCUUAGAAUGACCCAGCACCAGUUGUUUUGUCCGCUGUUUCAAAGUUUUUCCUGCUCUCAAACGCAGUAUUUUGAAAAAGUUCCAGUUAAUCACGCGGUCCRUGAAGGCAGCUGACGUCACAGAAAAUGGCGGACGCUGUAAACAGAGUCAGCAGCUUCGUGGAGCCGCGGCUGAGCUGUUAAACAUGGAGUUGGAGCGGCUGGACAGCCUGGAGGGCUGGGUGGCCGUCAGGAGCGACAUCUUCGAGGAGGACGAGAAGUUCAAGCUGGGCUUCAUCGUCCAGUGGAACGUUAUCGAGUCCAAGUUCGCGGUCACCUGUCACAACCGGACCUUACAGCGGCGGAACCGGAGAGYCGAAGUGACGGUCGGGGACCCUCAGGUGAGCUGGGCCGGACUCUUCUCCGUCAGCGACCUGAACAACAUCCACCAGCAGUUCGUCUGUGUGGCGGACGUGUUGGGGGGCUGCUUCCCGGACCUGACCCGGUUCGAGGAGAGKAACAUCUGGGACUUGCUGUUUCUGAACCGGAGGUCGGGCCCGGAGGAUCCGGACGAUGCCGGGCGGGAUCUGGACUCUCCGUGUCGGAACCUGGAGAAGUAUUUCAGCUCAGCCAUCGACCUGUGCGGCAGGAAGAUUGUUCUGGAAACUCUGUUCGGCCAGGAUGAGCGGCACGUGGAGGAGUACUUUGAAAACCUGCAGGAGUUCAAGAAGAAGAGCCUGCAGGAGGAGGUGUCGAGGGUCAAAGGUCACCUGAGACAGCUGCUGCAGAGUCACAGCAGAUCGGACCGGAUGGUGGCGCUGCUCAGAACCUACGAAGAGGAAGACRCAGCCUACCAGGACCUGGUGACGGUGGCCACCACCUUCUUCCACUUCCUGCUGCAGCCUUUCAGAGACAUGAGGGAACUGGCCAGCCUGUACAAGAUGGAGAUUCUGAAAUCUUUGGAGUUUGAGGAUUUGGGUCCAAAGAGAAUUGCAGCUCUGGAGAAGGAGGCGGAGGAGUGGAGGAUGAAGGCAGAAGAAGCAGCCGCCUCCAUCCAGGACAUCACCGUCACCUACUUUGCUCAGACUUCAAAGGCUUUGGCAGGUUUGGUGAAGCAGAUGGAGGAGGACAAGCGUCGGUUUGGACCUGCAGCCUGGGCCUCUGCAGCUCCCAGGCUGGAGAAACUCCGCUUCCUGUUAGCUAAAGAAACGCUGCAGCACAUGAGAGCCGCAGAGAUGUGUCUGAGCCGCAGGAAGGAGGCAAUUAAAGACAGACUGGAGAACCUGUCAGGAGGAGUCCAGAACCAGAGCGCUGAUCCCAGGUCUGCGUUUGAGGAYGGGCAGCAGCUGGACUCCGUGGACCAGCUGGAGCUGCAGUUCUACGAGACCCAGCUGGAACUUUAUGACACCAAGUUUGAGAUCCUGAAGAACGAGGAGCAGCUGCUGGUGGCUCAGAUAGAAACCCUGAGGAGACAGAUUAAAGAGCUGAAGGACGAGGUGGUCUACUACGACGUGUGUGAGGACCCUGAGGAGCUGCAGAGUCUGAUCCACUCAGGUCCUCAUCAGGGGGACCCGCCUCGGGUCACCCAGCUCCGGAGACGCCUGCAGGCCUUAGAGACCAAGAGGGGAAACAUCUGUGCUCGGAGAGCUUACCUUCGCAACAAAAAGGAUCAGUGCACCGAGGCUCAGGAGCAGAAGCAGGCAGCUGCCAGGCACAGCUCCUUACUGUUCAGCCAGCACCACCAGGUCCACCUGAAACGAGAGAGGAGGAAGGAGGAGGAGCAGAGG